UCCCCUCUCCCAAACAUCUCACUUUCGCUGUAUGCCACUUUUUAAACACGCCGGUUUCAACUCCACAGACUUCUUGCCUCAUAACCUGCCUUCUUUUUGACUUUUUUUCACGCUUAUAAAACAUUCAGUAUCGCGUUUCACCGUGGAGCAGCUGAACGGUGUCUACCUGAGGGCAAUAACUUUACAGCUCAAGUCUCCUGAAGGAUCUGUGACUUGUCAUCACCUCUCACAGCCAAGUGUGUAUGUGCGUGUGUGUCAGGGCACAGUAGCGCUUCUGUCACUUUGUGCUUCCAGAGGCUCACAGAAGAAAAACCCCAGGGACCACAGGCUGGAAGAUUAGGGUGAAGAAUGGGGUUAUCUGCUGCCUUGCCGGCCCUUCUGCUUGUUCUUGGCCUGACCACCAAUGUAUGGACUCUGAACCCAGAUGACCCCAAUGUCUGCAGCCACUGGGAGAGCUACGCUGUGACCGUCCAGGAAUCCUACGCUCACCCUUUUGACCAAAUCUACUACACCAGAUGCACCGACAUCCUCAACUGGUUUAAAUGCACACGGCACAGGAUCAGCUAUAAGACGGCUUACCGGCGGGGAGUGAGGACCAUGUAUAGGCGCCGCUCGCAGUGUUGCCCUGGUUACUUUGAGAGCGGAGACUUGUGCGUUCCUCUGUGUACAGAGGAGUGUGUUCACGGCCGCUGUGUGUCUCCGGAUACAUGCCAGUGUGAGCCUGGAUGGGGCGGACUGGACUGCUCCAGUGCAAACACAGCCAACGGAACAGGCUGUGAGAGCGACUACUGGGGACCUCACUGCAGUAAUCGCUGCCAGUGCCAGAACGGGGCCAAGUGUAACCCCAUCACAGGUGCCUGCAUCUGCACUGAUGGGUACCAGGGAUGGCGUUGUGAGGAGCCCUGUGAGCACGGAUACUAUGGCAAGGCGUGCCAGCUUCCUUGCCAAUGUCUCAACGGUGCCACCUGCAAUCACGAGACAGGAGAGUGCAUCUGUGCAGCCGGGUAUUCAGGAGCUUUCUGUGGAGAGCGCUGCCCCUCGGGGAGUCAUGGGCCUCAGUGUGAGCAGCGCUGCCCCUGUCAGAACGGAGGGACGUGCCACCACAUAACGGGAGAUUGUUCCUGUCCUGCUGGAUGGACGGGUUCGGUUUGUGCCCAGCCAUGCCCUCUCGGCAAGUACGGCAUUAACUGCAGCAAGGACUGUUCCUGUCGUAACGGUGGGCUGUGUGACCACGUCACUGGGCAGUGCAAGUGUCCAGCUGGCUUCAGUGGACGCAGGUGCCAGGAUGACUGUCCUGUAGGUACCUUUGGUCCGCAGUGUAACCAGAAGUGUGAGUGUCAGAAUGGAGCCAAGUGUCACCACAUCAAUGGAGCCUGUCUGUGUGAAACAGGCUUUAAAGGUCCUAAUUGCCGAGAGAGAUUCUGUCCUCCGGGCCUCUACGGUCACAUCUGUGACAAGUACUGCCCCUGUAAUACCAGCAACACAGUGAGCUGCCAUCCGCUCUCUGGUGAAUGCACCUGCUCAGCGGGAUGGACGGGGCUCUACUGUAAUGAGACCUGUCCGCCUGGAUACUAUGGAGAGGGAUGCAUGCUGUCUUGCAGCUGCACCAAUGGCGCUGACUGCCAUCCUGUCACAGGUGGCUGUAUAUGUGCCCCUGGGUUCAUGGGUGAGGACUGCGCUACAGCCUGUCCUCCUGGUCUGUACGGACCAAGCUGCAUGUCCACCUGCUCCUGCCACAAUCACGCAUCCUGCUCCUCAGUCGAUGGCUCCUGCGUCUGCAGGGAAGGCUGGCAGGGUGUGGACUGCUCCAUUCUCUGCUCCAGUGGCACAUGGGGUCUGGGCUGUAAUCAGACAUGUCUGUGUGCAAAUGGGGCUGCAUGUGACCCUGUGGACGGUACCUGUACAUGUUCUCCGGGGUGGAGAGGAGAGCACUGUGACGAAUCCUGCCCUGAUGGCAACUAUGGGCUGGAGUGUCGUGAGCGCUGUGACUGCAGCCACGCUGAUGGCUGCGACCCUGUGAGUGGCUACUGCCGCUGCUACCCCGGCUGGACAGGAAUCCACUGUGAUAACGUGUGUCCACAAGGCUUCUGGGGACCAAACUGUUCAGUCAGCUGCUCCUGUCAAAACGGAGGCUCCUGCUCUCCAGAGGAUGGCACAUGCGUGUGUGCUCCUGGAUACAGAGGGACAUCCUGCAAAAGAAUCUGUUCCCCGGGGUUCUACGGGCACCGCUGCAGCCAGUCGUGUCCGCAGUGUGUGCACAGCACCGGGCCUUGCCAUCACGUCACGGGCCACUGUGAGUGCCUGUCCGGCUUCUCUGGCUCACUGUGCAACCAAGUCUGCCCUAGCGGCAGGUUUGGGAGGGCCUGUGCUGAAAUCUGCCUCUGUACCAACAACGGCACCUGCAACCCCAUUGACGGCUCCUGUCAGUGCUUCCCUGGUUGGAUAGGAGAGGAUUGCUCUCAGGCCUGUCCCUCGGGGCACUGGGGCCCUGAUUGUCUCAACUCGUGUAACUGUCACAACGGAGCUCAGUGCAGUGCCUACGAUGGGGAGUGCAGGUGCAGCCCUGGUUGGACUGGACUCUACUGCACACAGCGUUGUCCUUCAGGCUUCUACGGCAGGGACUGCGCUGAAGUGUGCCGCUGCCAGAACGGUGCAGACUGUGACCACAACAGUGGCCAGUGUGCUUGUCGAACAGGCUUCAUUGGGACGAGCUGUGAGCAGAAGUGUCCUGCUGGUACAUUUGGAUACGGCUGCCAACAGCUGUGUGAGUGCCUGAACAAUGCUACCUGCGACUAUGUGACCGGAACAUGUUACUGCAGCCCCGGAUAUAAAGGCAUCCGCUGCGAUCAAGCAGCUCUGAUGAUGGAGGAGCUCAACCCGUACACAAAGAUUAGCCCAGCCCGAGGCUCGGAGCGUCAGUCCGCAGGGGCCGUCAUGGGCAUCAUCUUCCUACUCCUCAUCAUCAUGGCCAUGCUGAGUCUGUUUGUGUGGUACAGACAAAGACAGAGAGACAAAGGCCAUGAGAUCCAGCCCAGUGUGUCCUACACACAGGCCAUGCACAUCACCAACACAGACUACUCCCUGUCUGAGUGUGGCAGCACUGUAGCCAUGAGGUCCAGUGCUACAGAGGUGAAUCAGAGUGCAGGCACCAGCAGCAGCAGUGGUCAGUGCUUCUCCAACCCCAGUUACCACACUGUGGCCCAGUGUAACGUGGUCUCAACCAUCUCCAGCAACCUGGACGGCACUCUGACCCUCAAAUCGAGCACCCUGAAAAACAGAAAUGGCUCAGAGUGGAGAGCCUACUGCAACCUCAAUGACAUAGAUGUUCAACAGGGAGAGACACAGACGCAGAGAUCCUCCAGAAAAGAUUACAUCAAGGCCUCCAUGUGUAGCAACAGCUCCUGCUCCCUGAACAGUGAGAAUCCAUACGCCACCAUCAGAGACCCUCCAGGGUUGACAUGCAAACACACAGAGAGCAGCUAUGUGGAGAUGAAGUCCCCCUCCCACCGCGAGGUGCCCUUUGGAGGCACCGCCACCCUCCUGGGCAGUGCCAGCAGGAAUGUCUAUGAAGUGGAGCCAACGGUGAGUGUCCUGCAGGGACCCAAUGGAAUGGCCACCGGCUUCUCCCAGAAUCCCUACGACCUCCCCCGCAGCAGCCACAUCCCUAGUCACUAUGAUAUCCUCCCCAUGCGUCACAGCCCCACACACACACCCCCGCCUCCCCCAGAGAGCCCCAGCUCCCUGCUCUAGAUGGACACGCCCACAUACCCUCUCUCCACCUGGCUCAGACAGCCUGCUGGCAUCCAGGCGACGUUCAGACAGCGUUUAAGCGACGGCCCUCCCUCUGUCUCCAUGUGAUUAGAUACUGAGAUGUCAAGAUGGAGAGACAGCCUGCGCUCUGUGACUCCCUCACUCGCACUCUUGGAAGGAGGGGAGAAGGAAAGAGUGUCCCACACACCAGCGACCAUUCACCCGUUUUAUUUUCUUAUAAAAACUGAUCACUCUAACUGCUGCACGGCCUCUUUAUGGACCUCCUGAAGUGGAACAUGGUGAUUCCAAAUAAGCAGGGAGAGAGCUAUCAUUACGCUCAUUUCAGCCCGUGAUACAGGUUUACUAUUGAAGAGCAGCAGAGUGUUUAUAAUGUUCACUAAACAGGAAGGAUUUUCUCCACAGGGAGGAAUGUAUAGCAGCAUCGAUCAUUUCAAAGCAGGUGAGGUUUAGCUCACCAUGCAGAUAUCAGCUCUGAAUUUUCACUGUGCAGCAGCUGUAGAUCACAGAGCAGCUGAUGACGAUUACUCUGAAAGUUCAUGAAAAUAUGAGGGACUUUUUUCCAAAAAUGGAACAUGGAAAAAGGUGAAGAAGUAUGCUAAAGCAUGGACACAUUUUAGAAUAUUGUAAUAGUCCUUUAUUCACUGUUAUCCAGUAAUGAUCACACUCAGUUAAAACUCAGUUGAUCCCUGUGUGUAGCUUCUUUUAAGUCUAAACGAGGCCUGAUGUGUCUGCAGAUGUUUUCAGGUCACCAGUGUUCACAUAUUAUAGCACCACUAUGAGACACUUACAUGCAGUAUAGGUCUUAAGAUUUUCUCCCCGCACUGAUGAAGUGAUCAGAUCUUGUGUUUGUUUUCUAUGUGAAAGCUUUUUAUCUUGCAGAUGUCUUAGUUUACAUU